AUGAACACCAUCUGGUCCCUCUUCGGCAAAGGCGUUCAAGCCAAAGAUGAAACCAUACAAUCAGGAAUUAACGAUGGCUUUCCCGAGCCGAACCAUACCUUCUCAUACUGGCGCUCAGAACUGCACCCUAUAGACUCAUACUGCUCGUCCGAAGAACUGCCCCAAUCAUGCGAUAUCGCAAUCAUCGGAGCUGGUAUGACUGGCGUCAGCACAGCGUACCAUCUCUCUCGUCUGCACGCUGUAGACCCUUCUGGGAAAAGGCCAUCAAUCGUCAUUCUCGAUGCUCGAGAAGUCUGCUCGGGAGCUACGGGUCGCAAUGGGGGCCAUUCAAAAGUUCAAGCCUUCACGAUGCGUAAUUGGCUCAGAGAUGCUGGUCUGGAAGCUGCGGAUGAAAUGGCUGCUUUCUUGUCUAAUCAAAAAUACGCCAUGAAAGAUGCGGUAGACAGAGAAAGCUUGAACUGCGAAUUUGAGAUGCGGAGAAGCUAUGAUGUCUACAUUGAUGAGGGGGAUGCAAAGCAAGCUGAGGAGUUCUAUCGUACCGCCAUACGUGAAGGACAUCAAUGGGCACGAGACUUUGAUUUUGUGGGUGAGCAAUUUGCGGAGCAGGUCACUUCUAUCCAAGGUGCAAGAGCUGCAAUCAGUAUGCCAGUCUGCAGUCUUUGGCCCUACAAAUUCGUCACGCAGUUGCUCUCAAAGCUCGUCGACUCUGGCGCCGUACGCCUGUUCACCCACACACCCAUCCUGUCCAUCUCCUCUUUUAACCCUUCAGUCACAGUCCUACAUACCGCUCAUGGCAAUAUCCUCGCCAGAAAAGUGAUCUUUGCCACAAACGCCUACACACCUGCCAUCUGCCCAGUUUAUAAGGACAAGAUAGUGCCGUAUAAAGGGUCAGCCUGCCAUAUCGCCCCUUUCCAGCCAAUCUCACCACAUCUAAGUAACACCUACAACAUCUACUUCCCACAUCCUAGUGACGAGGUAACGCGAGUUGACUACUUGAACCCACGUCCGGAUUCUGGUAUUGUCGUCGGCGGCGGAAAAAACUGCUACGUUAGCAACAAACCCCUAUGGUACAACAACACAGACGACAACACGUUAAUCCCCCACGUCCGAGAUUACUUUACUGCCUACAUGCAACGAGUCUUCCGCGGCUGGGAGACUUCGAAAGCGACCAUCACACAUCUAUGGACAGGCAUACAAGGGGAGACAAAAGAUGGCUUCCCGUUCGUUGGGAAAGUGCCCGAGAAGGAGAGUUGGUACGUAGCUGCUGGGUUCAAUGGAGGAGGCAUGACAUUCAUUUUUUCAUGCACUGAAGGUUUGGCCAAGAUGGUCGAGGGAAAGACGUAUAAAGAGGCAGGGUUGCCGAAGAUGCUUGAUGCUGCCAGGAUGAAAGUUUGA